UAUACGUACAUAGGGUGUGUAUGGAAUGUCUGUGGUGAGGUGCUUCCAAGAAUACCAACUAUAGCUACAUGCAGUAAAAGCAUCAUUCUACAUGUAGAAACUCGCAUGUGAUAGUCAAAUAAUAAUAUAGUUCCUGCAAUCUUUCAUCUCUACACUAGCACAAAAUGUCAGGUGUUCAAAAGAUAAAUGAUGAACUUUUCAUUGAUUUCAAUGAAGCUAUCGGUUCUGGAGCCUAUGGAAUGGUUUACAAAGGAACGUACAAGAAUGAGGUGUGUGCUGUAAAGAUGUUGCACCAUGUUGCCACACCAAUGAAGGCCAACUUUCCUGUUGGUCCAGGACAGCAAAAUGCAAUUCGUGCAUUUGGUCGUGAAAGCAUUGUUCUGGAAUCGUUUGAGCAUCCAAAUGUACUUCAACACUUGGCAACAACUGAGCAUUCAUCAGGAAAUAUCAUGUUAGUAACAGAGCUGAUGGAUUGCAACUUGAGCACUUAUCUCUCUACACAUGAUCACUCGAGCUCCCUCACAAGUCAGUGUGAGAUUAGCCUCUCAAAGGACCUGGCUUCUGGUCUUGCCUACAUCCACAGCAGGAAUAUCAUUCACCGCGAUCUUUGUGGCGUUAAUGUCUUGUUAAAGCAAAGUCAACCCUUUCCCAUAGCUAAGAUCUCUGACUUUGGAAUGUCCAAACUACUCGAUCCUUUAAAAUUCAACACCACUAUUGGUCAUCGCAUGGGUUACCUACCUCGUGAAGCACUUCACGAGGAAAAGGAAGAUUAUGAUCAAAGUCUAGACGUGUUCUCUUGUGGAGUGAUCAUGAUACAGAUUGCUCUCAGACUGGAAAACGUCAAUUCUGGAAGGGAGCGAUCAUCAUAUUUUGAAGAAAUUAAAGCCGGCUUGCACCCUCUUAAGCCACACGUUAUGGCCUGCUUGCAGGAAGAUAAGAAAAGGAGGCCAUCAGCCACUUUUGUUCGAGGACAAUUGGAGAAACAUCUGAUGCACGGAGAUGCUUACGUAAUGGACUAUGACUAUUAUGCUACACUUGGAGAAGAACACCCAUCAUAUUUUUCGAUGCUUUCUCUUUCAGGAUCACCCGCUAAUCGAGUCACUCUCCAAGAACUAACGAGGCGAUACAAUCUGACUGACAAGCAACUCAAUAGUAAAAUAGAGAACUCUGAUACUUCCAUACUGGCCUUAUAUUUUGAUGAUGUGAGCAUCUAUUCGAGUGCCAUGGGACUAGCUCCUGCUGAACAAGCCGAUAUGAAUAGGUUGUACCAUAGCGAAGGAACUCAAACAGCCAUGAUGAAGUGCCUGCGAGUCUGGAAACAACAUGAUCCUUUACGAGCAACUUACAGAGGUCUACUGGAUAUUGUACUGAUAUUGGGGAAAGGAGACACAGCUGAUAAAAUCUGUCAGCUGUUAAAAUCUGUCAGCAAUUAUCGUACACUGGACUGAUGAAGUGAUUACACAUGCAGUGUGUCGGGUUGUACAAGCACUGAUUAUGAUAGAUAUAGUGAUGUGUAUAUAAUUGUGUGCUAUCAGGAGUAUACAUGAAUAUUCAUGUACUCCUGGUGCUAUAGUUGACUGUAAAAUAGCUACUGAUUAGAUAACCGACUAGUCAGUAGAGAUAUUGCAUGAUGAACAUGUAUUAUUUUAUUUUUGCCUGUAAAAUAGAUUUUGUCACAAAGGUUAUAAUUAUCAAGGGCGUAUACGCCCUUGUAAUUUAUGUAUGUAAUAAUAAUAGCAAAUGACCACAGUUGUACAUAUAAUAAUUAUU